CUGGUAUUUGGUGACGAGAUAAGACCAACUGACCAAUAACCACAAUCGAUAUUGAAAAGUGUCGAUAGCAAUAUAGAAAUGGCUGACACAAGAUAUUCACUUCUGCUAGAGACGAAAUAGCAUCAGCACUAAAUAACACGAUAUACUAUUAUGAUUUGGAAUAAAGUAUGUUAUAAUUUUUUUUUUUUUAUAACUCUAGAAUUAGUGUCGAAAAUUUACCCGUCUUCGCACGGACACAAUAAUGCAUUUGUGCAAGCCAACAAUGAGGUCCAGUACCUUUUGGACAACAUUCCCCUGUCCAUGCACAAGGGAUUCUCUGGUUCAGUUGAGGAACAUAGGAAUUCGAUGUCAGAUGACAACACAGUCGAUGCGCUAUCAUACAUUCAAUUCAAACCAAGUAUAUUGGACUUCAAAGAAAGACAGCUUGGUGUACCGCAUCAAGAAACCGUGACCUUAUACAACAGGGAUUGUAACAAAACAAUUCAUGUCUCAUCAAUUUCUGGGAAUACACAGCACUUUCAUUCGUCUUUCUUCCAAGAUAAAGUAAUACCGCCCCUUGGAAAUACAACGUUCAAUGUUGUAUUCCUUGGUAGGGAAGAAGGUGAAAUCGAUAGCUAUCUGUUCAUUCAUACCUCGGACGGUACUCUAAAAUAUCAGGUUCGAGGAAUCAGUGUGAGCAGUCCAUAUCGAUUGCGACCUGUAGUAGGGAUCAAACUACCACUGAAUGCCUCCUUCACACCUCUCAUAUAUAUGCAUAACCCACAUCCUGAGCCCAUGCAGGUAGUCGAAGUCUACAGCAGCGGAGGUGAAUUCCAGCUUGAACUGCCGUCGGGACAAGCAGAAGGCCCCCGAGAAUUGUGGGAAAUACCUCCUUAUCAAACAAAACCUGUUAUCAGAUUACACUUCAAUGCGUAUACAGAAAAGAACCAUACAGCCUAUAUUAGGUUCAAGGUUAAUAAUAGUGCCGAAGUACUGGUAGUCGCAGUUGAAGUAGAAGUUGGCAGUGGAGCCGGACUUCACUGGGGUGGAAGUUCUGGAAUUUUUAAUUUGGGCAUGGGAGGAUCGCUCCAGCCUCCUACUCACUAUCCCAUAGUUCUGAAAAAUUCUGCUAAGAAGCCUGUAAAAGUGUUGAAUAUAAUAAGCACGCCCGUGUCAAAGGCAUUGAGAAUUAAUUUUGAACCAGUUGUGGUCCCAGGUGAAACAGAAGUACCAAUUACCGUUGGAACAUUGAUAUACGACUGGAAAGUUGGAUUAGAUUUACAACACUUGAAAGGAAAACUAGUUGUAAAAGGCAUCGGGCCUGGUGGCUCACCUCAGAAGCUAGCGAUACCCUGGAUGGCAGAAGUCUUAAUUGGCGGUCUGGAAGUAAACACGUCUGUAACGCAUUACUGUGCCCCGUAUUCCACACACCCUCGAAACUUUACUGUUGUGAACAAGUACAAAGUACCGCUAGCUAUAACCAAUGUGUCGCUAUCGCCAGAAGCAAAAACACUCUUCUCGAUCAAAGAUUUUAUUCCAAAAGUACUGAGACCGAAGCAGAAGACUAGUAUAUUCUCAUUGCAAUUAUCCAAUGAGAGGAAGUCUGAUAAUUUGAAACUUGAAUCCUCUCUACUAAUUCACUCAAAUGUUUCUAUAACAGAAGUACCAUUGUUAAGUUAUGAUGGAAAAGUGAAAAAAAUUAUACCAGGAGAGAAAGAAAAUGAUAAAGGCACAAUGAACUUUGGCACUGUCGGUAGCGGGACAGAAAAUGAAGCUAUUUUUGCAUUGGAAAAUCACAAUCCCAUUAAUGUUGAACUCCAUGGCUGGGGUGUGAACAUGCCUGGAGCUGUGUUGGAAUUAAUGGGAUGUCAAAAAGGACCAACUCAUUUGUUCAACAAAGGCGUUCGCAACAUAAGCGUUUGCAGUCAAAUUGGAAAUCAAAGCAUAAAACCAGGAUAUUUAGCAGUAUUUAAAAUUAAAGUAAAAACUGCUGCCGUUGAGGAAGAUACAAUAGUAGGAGAAGUUUUCGUAAGAACAACAUACGAACGCCUGACCGUACCUGUCUUCAUGCGUGUCGCUCAUGGGCGUAUUUCUGUAAAGAAACUCACUUUCACGGAUUGUUUUCCAGGAUCCAUUUGCAUCCAUCAAGUGAAAGUGCACUCAACAUUUGCAAGGCCGAUGGAAAUUACGUCAGUUGCACCAUUCCACAAGGAUGAGAGAUUAAAAUAUAUUCCACUGGAUGAGGCAUCUUUGCCUGUUAUAUCAAAAGGCGAUAAUCAUAUUGGAUCCAUCACAUUUGACUCGUCGAUUGCUUGCAAACAUCAUUGCUACUUGGGAUUGUCUCUCAACGCAAGCGCUGGUGCUCAGUGGCUAAAUACCUUGAGCCUUCCAUCGCAUACACGUGAUUCGGAUUUAAACCUAUUAAACACGCGUUACACACGUUAUUUAAACUCUACGGGUGGGGGAUCUUGGGAAAAUAUUACCAUGCGUUUGGACACUACAGAAGUAAGAGGUCACAGAUUUAGUGUAAAUAUAAAACAUUAUUGGCCAAGUCUUCUGGGUAAUACUGGUAACUCAAAGAACAAGAGUUCUUUAAUGUUUUCACUUACGCAAGUGGGUAACACUUCCUAUAGAACAAUAAAAAUUGAUAAUCCCAGUUCUAGUCCGUUGCUUGUGCAGCUGGUGCUAGAUUGGAGUUACCCACAAGGGAUGCGACUCUAUCAUUCUUUACCUAACAAGUUUAAGCCGAUCUGUUUAGAAUGUCCCAUGACGAUUCCCAGUGAGUUUAAAUUGGAAGAUAAUUCUGAGGAGAGACAACGGUUUGGAAAACAUUGGAAUGUCGCAGCACCGGCUCAAUCCCUGCCACUUUAUCUCGAUCCACACGAAUCUAAAACAAUACGAAUAUCCUACACUCCCUCGUCGGCCAGUUCGUCAUCAGCGCUUUUAUACAUCAGAAAUAAUAUGACGAUACUGGAAGUUUUGCGACUAGUUGGGCGUGGAGCACAUGCACAGUUCAAAUUUGGUAAUCGUAAGCCGGGAUCGAAUACACCGCUUCUUUUUGAGCUUGCUGAUAAGCACCUCAAGGACUGCGAGCGUGAAAGAUUGAGGCAAAGCCCGACACCAAAUCUAACAGUGAAAAGAUCUUUUACUGCAAGAAACACCGGUGAACUGCCAAUUGAUAUUCACGGAUUUUACAUCAGUGGAUUAUAUUGCGAAGGAUAUGGAUUCAAAGUAUUAAAUUGUGCAGCUUUUAAGUUGAAUCCAAAUGCAACAAAGAAAAUUGAAAUAGCUUUUACACCUGACUUUACACUCUCACGUAUUGAAAGAGAGUUACUCAUAUUAACGAGCUUAGGAACAGACAGUGUCCAGGUAGAGGGUGUCAAUGAAAGUGGGCUGGCUAAACUUUCUCUGUUAACUACUGUUCCUGCCCAUACCUUAGAAGCCUGUGCAGCUGUCAUAACAAGACCUUCUUGGGAGGAGCCUGUACAACUCGCUGCAAUUUGCCUUUCUACCAUAUUGCUAAUAUGUAUUCUUGCUAUUUCGUUUCUUGAAGCAGAUAGAAUUCUGCGUGGGGCAUUGGUUAAUUUAUCUAAAGGGGGUCCUAUACAGCCUCCUCUUGAUCUUAGAUUAUUAGCAAAUGUUUCGAUGGCAUCCACACAGAGUAAUGCUCUUGGCAAAGAAAAGAUGAGUAGCGACGAGCGGAAUAGACAAAGUAAAAAAGACGAGAUCUCACCAGAUUGGUCCAUUAUGAAUGUGAAGAAAACCAAGGAGAAAGAUACACAACGUGGAAUAAAAAUUCCAGAUUGGACACCAGACGAGGAACGACGAUUCAAAAUGGAUACUGAAUCGAAGGAAAUAUCGGCAGCCAAGAAAUUGGAAGAUCCGCCAAUUGUAGAAACUGCCAAUAGUAAUAGCAAUAACACAGCUUCCCUGGGAACUAAGAAAAGGAAUAAUAAGAAACAAAAUAACAAUCUAGAAUCUGUGCUGGUAGAGACUCUGGCACCACUUGGAACUGCGCCUAUACCAGACAUCCAGAUUAUACCAGAAAAAAAAAAUUCACUAAGUAGUUUACCAAAAUCGAGUCCUACUACAACCAAAAAGGGCAAACUGGCUCCGACAGCCAACACAGUUACACAUGCAACUGUUAAAGAAGAAGUAAAGAGUGUUGAAAACGAAGUGCAAGUCGAAAAUACAACACAAAUUCCAAAUAACAUUAGAGAAAGUAAAUUAGAGUCAAAAAAGAAGCAAGAAAUCAAUAGUAGUGGCGGACACGUUCAGGCUAACAAUCAUUAUAAAAAAUACGAGGCUUCAAGUAGCCAAAAAGUCAAUCAGUUUUCUGAAGAGGAGACGUCAUCUACUACGACAGAAAGUUCCGUUCACGAGGAUACAGUUCCAUAUAAGGAUUGCGAUCGUACAUACGUUAAACCUGAGAAACUUCAAAGAAAACCUUUGGUUAAAAAAGGAAAACCACAGAACAUACCGCCUGGACCAUCUAUAGAUUAUAGAGAUAAUUACGAAGGAGAUUGUGAUGAUGAUGAUUAUGAUAAAGAAAAACAGGACAAUCCGAAUCGCUGGAAAACUAGUACAACUCGUUCAAAUACAAAGCACCAUCAUCACCCUGCCCGAUGUAACACUGAGUCAUCCUUUAAACUAACUCGUCCGAGCAAAAAUCCGCCCCGGAAAGAAAAAGCUACUCAGAAACGCCGCGGUACUGAGAAGAACCAUCCAAAGUCUAAUUCGUUGAGAGCAACUUUGUCACAAAGGGAUGAGAGUAGACCUGUUCCACCUGCAAUCCCAUCUCCACUUCCACCACCACCAUCUUGCUGGGGUGAAAACAGAGCUAAAUUUAGUGAUGUUGUCGCCAGGAACCAAGACAGCAUUUCGAUCUUUGCCAAUGCUAAUAGUAUGCCAAAAAUUUAUUCAAAGUCGCUUGAAGUACCUAAUCCCUGCAACAUACAGACUGAGAUAGCGAAUAAUAGUCCAACGCAAACUGAGGAAGCACCUUGUAGCACUGUUGAGCUCAAGAUGAAUCCUAAAUUUGGUACUGCACAUCGAUCGUGCAAAGGUGACAAGUCUCCUGAUCAAGAACUUUUAUCGAUGCAGCCAAACAAUUGCCAUUCCAAUAGUUUCUUCAUCAACUCAUUUACAGAGCCGCCUUUUGAACCAAAAUUGGUGCCAUAUGAAUUACCAGAAACUGACGAACCUCUGGUCGAACUUGAAAGUCUCGAAGCAGGUUCAAGCUGUGGGUUAUGGGAUGAUGGCAGUGGAAUAAUAAAUUUAUUGAAUGAUAAGGGACCCAACUUUCAUGUCGAGCACUCAAAGUCAGAAGAGAAAACCCCAAACUUGUCCGAUGCAUUGAAGGAUAAUUGGGUUACAGUAGAAACAAAUUGGGAACCACUUUACACACGAGGAGCAGUUGGAGAAGAGCGAAGUGGAGUUUGGGGUGUUAACACAGGUGGUGUGUGGGCAGCUGCACCAUGGGGAGCUCCGACACCACCAACAAACACGCUGCAGCCUUCUACAACAUUGCAAGAAAUAAAACAGGAUAUUCCGGAUCGCUCUGGUUUUGAUCCGUUUCGAUCUCUCAGCACCAUUUGGACACCAUCGUCAACAGAUCCAUGGAAAUCAAAUCUUCAAAAGUAAAUGUUAAUGAUUACAUUUCAUUUUCAUAUUAUUUUCUAACAAAUUAUGGAUUCGUUAUGUUAAUCGUACCCAUCAAUUCACACUUUUUUAAACAAUACAUUUCGGUCAAAGUAGGUAAGUCAGAUAAUCUCGUUUCUUUUAAUUGUUCAUUUUAUUUAAUCAGUCGGCUUUCUAAUACCGUAUUGUUCCGAGUAUAAGCCAACCCCGCAUAUAAGACAACCCCCAAUUCUGAGACAGUAUUUCAGGAUGUUCUUCUUAGUUACUCGUACAUAAGACGGGACUGCGUAUAAAACAAAAACGAUUUUGGGGAGUGCUAUCAACGUCAAAACACCUCGACUUAUAUUUGGAACAGUAUGGUAUUU